UCAAGUCUUCUCGACCGGUGCGGCCGUAGACGCGGCCGUCUGUUGCGGCGUGGCAACAUUGGGCGGUCAUGCAGAUCUUCGUGAAGACCUUGACUGGAAAGACCAUCACCUUGGAUGUGGAGGCCUCUGAUACCAUCGGCAACGUGAAGGCUAAGAUUCAAGACAAGGAAGGCAUCCCACCCGACCAGCAGCGCUUGAUCUUCGCGGGAAAGCAGUUGGAGGAUGGCCGCACGUUGAGUGACUACAACAUCCAGAAGGAGUCCACACUCCACUUGGUGCUGCGCCUGCGCGGGGGCGUGAUCGAGCCCUCCUUGGCUGUGUUGGCCCGAAAGUUCAACUGCGAGAAGAUGAUUUGCCGGAAGUGCUACGCGAGGCUGCAUGCCAGGGCGGUGAACUGCCGCAAGAAGAAGUGUGGACAUUCCAACCAGCUGCGACCCAAGAAGAAGCUGAAGUAAGCUCCGAGAAUCUCCGAGGCCUUUUUGGCCUUUUCGGAUGGAUGCCAGACCGCCACGACAUCGCCCCCGGCGCCCAAAAA